UAUCUGAGCCAGAAUGAAAGUGAAAGUAUCUCCGAUUCCGGGAAACAUCAGAUAUUUCCUCGUUUGGGUGCGUCUGUCAGUGAGUGUGUGACUGAGUCUGUGUGGGGUAAAGUGCGGCCAGGGUGGGGGGUAAAAGCAUAAAAAAGUGUCUUUCCUAAGAAGAAAGAAACUCCCCUUCCUGACGUCCCGAGUCAGAUAUAAACAGCAGGAACAAAAAGGCCACGACUGCCUGCGGGCAAAGACGAGAGAAGAAAGAGCCGGGGUAAUUAGACACAACCAGAGGGCAAAAGAAGAAGAACCGCAGAGAGAAACAACCCCCUAGAGGGGCAACAAGCUGAGGACAAUCAGCCAGCGUUACUUUUACAGAGGGCAUUAAAGGUCAUAGUUUCUGCAGCUCGUUGGAGCAGGACCGGUGGGAUUCCUCAUCUUGUAUCAGAGACCCCCCACUCCGCAUCACAAGACCAUCUGCCCGGGAGGGGGCAGAAUUAUUAUUAUUAUUUAUUAAUGUUUUAUAUAGCGCCAUCAAUUCCGUAGCGCUGUACAAUGGGAGGAGCCCUGCGCACAAGAGCUUACAAUCUAGAGUAAUCACUGAAUCCGGGAGAAGUGGAACUUUGUAACAAGACGGGGAGUAGAUGGAGGAAGAGAACUCAGACACUAAGCCGUCCGGCGACGACGAUUGUCCCAAAAUAUCGGAGGACUCUCGGGCCAAUAGGAAUGAAGCUACAAAUACAAACAUGGAUUCCAAGGACGCCGAUGAUCCAGCGGCUGCUAAAACAGAAUCCGAGGAAUUAAAAUCUGAAGCGACAGAAAUUCUGAACAUGCCGAAUAAUGAACGUGACGCCCCCCCGGUACCGGCAGCCCCCAGCGAGAAUCUGUCUCCAGAUAAGGAUUUACCAACUUCAGACCCCAACGCAGAUUUUUGUCACAGAAAUGAAAUAAAAGAACACGAAGAUCUGCUUGGAAAUGAGGACCCCCAAAUGCAGACAGAAUGUGGGACCCCUGAGGACGAUUCUGGGGAGGAAGUUCCCACAAACCCAGGCGUUGUGACCGGGGAAAACGACAUAAUUACAGAUGAAAUGAUGGAAAUCGAGCCGGAAAUGUCUCCUGCGUUAUCGGAACGUGGAUCCUCGGGGGACGCGACUAAGGGCGGCGAACCCCCAAACUCAGAGCCUGUCCAUGGUUACGACCCGUCUGCCUUAAGAGCUUCCAGUAAAAUGAGUGAAAAUCCGAGUAAUCCUGGUGGAAACGAACGUUCUCAGUUACCAGCAGCAGAAGAAGACAAGUCACCCGAGAACAGUUCUGGGAAAAGUCUUUUUAUUUGGGAAAGUCUUCCUGGGGCUGGCGAUGGCCAAACGCGUUCCGCUAAGGAAACACAAGGCCUUAUUAUGGGAAGCGAGGCUGGAAAUCCACCUACAGUCGCUCUCGGUGGGACCCCGCGGGAUGAUCUGAUGGAUACCGGGGAUGGUAACCCUCCUACAGCAGAUUCCACGGCUAGCACCGCCAGUGAUAACCCCAAAGCUGGAGUCACAGCUUCAUCCCAAGCUUCACGUGAGGAACCCGACGGGGCAGAUAAGAAAUCCAACAGGGGCAGCAAAGAGCAGGUGAGAAUACAUUUCACGGAGGAAAGCGUUCCCCAUCCCUCGCUGCUCAACUAUCUAUGCAAAAAGGCGUCACUCGGUGGAUUUAACAUCAGGCCGCUUCUGGACGCUGACGAUGAAUUGUCAGAAAUCAUUAUUUAUCAUUCCCCAAACUCCUGCCUCGAUCAGCCUGAAAUGAUGAGGCGCGUGGAUUCCGUUAGACGUGCGCACGGUUCUGCAGAACUGAAAGUGAUGGUCGGUGGUCUGAGAAGCGCAGAGGCUGAGAACGCGUUCAGACGUUACUGGGAUCAGCGACCGGUUUCCAGCUGUGAACUGGUGCUCUUCACCGAGGCCGAUCUCGAUGCUGUUACAGAACCUAAACCUCAGAACAGAAAUCUGGAUGCAUGGAAAAGGAUCCUGACCAGAGAAGGAACAAGAAGCCAGAAGGUCGGGAUCUUCUCCAGAUCUUCGGAGGAGGAUUACGCGUGGCUGCGGUCCCUGCUCCGGUCCGAGGAGUUCAGGAAUCACGUGCAGGAAGUCAGACCCUGUUACAUCUCUAAUAACGGGGGUCCGCAGUUCAGAGACGACGUCUCUCGAUGCACCUUCGCGAUCCUCUAUCACACCAAGAACCGGGGGAGGAUUAAUGUGACCGAUGUGACCAGCGCGCUGUACGACAAGGAACUAAAAUAUCUGCAUGAUAAGCUGGGGAAGGAGAACGUCAUUGUGGUGAUUGAUGACCUGGAUAUCUGUAGCUCAAAUGAGAAGAAACGAAUCCUGAUCAGCCAGCCGAGUAUCGAGAAAUUGGCCAAAGAUCUGCUUCUGUUCGGGAAGGAGGAUAAAUCAGACUAUAAGAAAUAUCUGGGAACGUUACGGGAUCAAGAAAAGAAGCUGAGGGAGAAGCUGAAGACGGUAACAGGAUGGAUAGAAGCAGAUGCAAAGAUUAAUGAUGGAAACCAUGAUGAGAAGAUCAUAUCGAAGCAGAACGCUGAAACGGACUCAGCCGAUGAAGCCUACGAGGAUCUAACAGAAGAUUUCCAAGUUACAAAUAAUAAUGGAGAUAUCAGGCACGAAGAACAUGUCCGAGAAACUGAACCUCCCCAAACGGGUACCUGCUGCCAUAUACUGAUCCUAUCCAAACACAUAGUCGGGAUCUUCUCCAGAUCUUCGGAGGAGGAUUACGCGUGGCUGCGGUCCCUGCUCCGGUUCGGGGAGUUCAGGGAUCGGGUUAAGGAAGUCAGACCCUGUUACAUCUCUAAUAACGGGGGUCCGCGGUUCAGAGAUGAGGUGUCUCGAUGCACCUUCGGGAUCCUCUAUCACACCAAGAACCGGGGGAGGAUUAAUGUGACCGAUGUGGAGGACUCGCUGUACGACAGAGAGCUGGAGUAUCUAUCUAAUACAUUUGGGAGGGGUAAAGUCGUUGUGGUUAUCGAUGACAUGGACGAUACCGGCAGGUCAGAGAAGUCCAGAAUCCUGGAGAACCAGCCGAAGAUUCGGAAACUGGCCCGAGAUUUGAUCCUCAUCAGCAAGGCGAGCAAGGAGUCAAGAAAAGCGAUCCCCGUAACCCCCCAACAAAUGUUCGGAUAA